UCUGGUGUCUUCUAGUGACUUCGAUCCCGCGUUUACACGUCGCCUCCUCGUCCUCCAGGCUCGCUCGCAUUCCACUUCUGUUAUAGGCGACCCCGAUCGCGUCGCCCGCGAGUGAUCUCACCCCCGGCCAUGGACACGCAUCAUGCUCUACCGGAUCCCGAUCGCCCCGCGCGCCUCCUCCCCUCCGCCUCCGCGGGAUCCCGCCGCCGGAUCGCCAUCGCCGUCGACCUCAGCGACGAGAGCGCCCACGCCGUGAGCUGGGCCGUACGGAACUACUUGCGCCCCGGGGACGCCGUCGUCCUCCUCCAUGUCCGCCCCACCAGCGUCCUCUACGGCGCCGAUUGGGGCGCAGUCGACCUCUCCCUACCGGCCGGCGACGACGACGCGGAGAACGGGCUCCCUGCCUCCGAGGAGUCGCAGCGGAAGAUGGAGGAGGAUUUCGACGCCUUCACCACGAGCAAGGCGCAGGACCUGGCGCAACCCCUCGUGGAGGCGCAGAUUCCCUUCAAGAUCCACAUCGUCAAGGACCACGACAUGAAGGAGCGGCUGUGCCUCGAGGUGGAGAGGCUGCGUCCUAGCGCGGUUAUCAUGGGGAGCAGGGGAUUUGGGGCUGCCAGGAGCGUCAGCAAGAGCCGUCUCGGAAGCGUCAGCGAUUACUGCGUCCAUCACUGCGCUUGCCCCGUGGUGGUGGUCCGUUACCCUGAUGAUGGGGCUGGUGCUGGAUCUGGACUGGACAAUGGAGAGGCCAAGAAGUUAGACGAGGGGAUCGAGCUUCACCUGGCGCCAGAGGAGGAACAGGAGUAUCACGAUGCUGCUGAGGAACAAAAAGCUUUGUAGGAGAGCUGAAUCACCUCUGGAAAGUUCCAUAGCAGAUGUCGCCCCACACAUCAGGUUCGUCAAAGAUGGCAUAAUCCCUGACAGUUUUCAGGUGUGACUCACCAGUUUUAGAUGGCGUUCUCUUUUAUUUGAAUAUUGAAUGUGUUGCUAAAAUAUUCAGCUAACCCUCCAGAUUGGCUGUCUGCCAGAGCUUGCUGCUAAAUGUUUGCUGUAAUCAAAUUAGCGAGUACUAAUCAAUUUUGUCCCAUAAUUGAUGAUUUAAUCGGUUUUAAGCCAGAAGGGAUUUAAUAAAACUUAAGAGAUCCCGUAUUAUUUGCAGUUCUUUUCUUAAUUCCUCGAGUUUGUUUGUUGAGUUUUUCAGUUCUGUCAUUGUAAUCAUGUGUCAAGACUGUUUACAUUACUGCUUGCUUAUGUUUAGGCCAUAAAAACACACCCAAAUAUCUGGAGUUCUUUUUUGCCAACCUUAUGUUUCAUAAUUUUCUGUCUAUUCAUUUUUAGUAUGUUUAUGAACAUAAGCACAGCAUGUUGUUUCCUUUGUAAGAUUAUAUUUGGUUCUAAAUAUUUGAACUUGCCAUUUAGCUUUGAAGCUCAUAUUAGCUGUUAGGUUCAUUUUCAUUUUGCAUUGGUUGUUACUUUCUCAAGUUAUGGAACACUGCUACAUCUUCCUAUGUCUGUUUACUUGGGUUUCUUCUGCAGAUUUGAUCCUAACAUCUUAAAAUGACCCGACACAGUUUUACUACCUAAACUAGUUGACAUUUUUCAUUGGUUAUAUAAUUCGUUCUCUAGCAUAAUCUUUGUUUUUCUCGUUUGGUUAUCUCCAUUUGAAGCCAGAUGGUAAAUCCAUCAUCUGUAACAUGAAAAAGCUUGGUUGCAUGUCUGCAUGUAGUAAGUGGUUUGUCUGUGGGCAAACAAACGCUUGCAAGUCGAUUUCUUGGCGCGAGACGAUCGACAUGGAUGAUCGAACAUCAUUUUCAUUAUUAAAGAUGAUAAUAAUUAGUUUCUUGCUAUACGGGGGAGGCGAUUUGGAUUCGGUAAGGCUACUACCGUAGCUGGGACCCGAAAACCAAAUCCAUUGCCAUGUAUUCUUCACCAGUACAUUUUUGAUAGGGGAGAUGUUGGGGAAAGAUUCGCUAUAUGUGGCUAAAACGGCAUUGAAGCAACUAAGUCAGUACCUGCUUUUGCAAGCAACCCGGUCAUCCAUCUCUGUCCAAAGGACGCCACAGUAAUCCUGAGACCAUGUCAUGCAGCUAACAGAGCCUACCACUGUUGGUGGUCGGUGGUAGGUGGCAGAGGCUGCUCGGCCAUCCUUGUUUGCUGUGGGACACUAAAAUUGUAAUAAUAAUAAUAAGAUCUUAAUUAUUUUAGAUCGAUUAUAUGAUUUUUUUUAUUAUUUAAAAUUUUAUUUAUAGUCUUUAUUUUGUAGGUCUUUGAGCAUGUCCUUGUUAUUUAAUCAUUCAUCAAGAUGAAUAUUACUGGUACUUGAAACCAUAGAAUAAAAAGACUAUAGUCUAUUGGGAUUUAACUAUUUAUUUUUUAUCUUAAUUUGUUGAUGCUAAUUAUUCCUGAAAUGGAGAGAUUAUUUGCAUGUCUCACUCUUCCCUUGCAACGAUGACUUGUUUUUGCAGUUUAUCUCUUGUUUCCAUUGGUUCAAUUUUUUAUAGAAAUUUCUUGAUAAAUAAAAUGUCAAUCAUCUCAGAACAGUACUAUUUUUUAUUGUUGGAAAUGUUGUCACCUUUUGGAUCUGUUUUUCCCCAUGCAAAAGGCAAAUCAAAUCCGACCCGAUAACGAAGGUUAUCCUUCGAGAAUGGUGCAUGUGCCGAGUCUGCUGGCCACAAGGGCCCUAAGCCACGCUCUGUUUGGGGCCAGCAGCUACUUCGGAUGGUGGGACGAGGUGGAGCGUGGAACCACCGACGCCACAUGAAUUCAGAUCGCAUGCAGUACGAAGCCGCAUCACAAGAAUAAAUACUUUAUAUAUAUAUAUAUAUAUGAAAUGAUGUGAGUUCGACAAACCUUCGAUUAGCCCAUGAAACAAGUCAACAGUCAAGAACAGAGGAACACUCGAGCCAUUCAUUCGUUCAUUGAGAUGGAAAUACCUACAGACGCUCGAAACUAAACAAAAUGAAUCCAUCCAUCGGCAUGCAUGUCUCAUCGCUCCCUCUGUAGUCAGCAGUGCACACCAUUCAACCUUGGAGAUUCUUGUAUCGAUCUGCAAUGACCCACCACACGAAAACCAACCCUUUGAAUGCAUCGAACGAUAACAAGCUUGAUCGCUAAGAGAAGAGGCAUCGAUCGAAGGUAAACUCACUUGGAUCGGAGGAAGACAGGAACGGGGUCAUGAGACCGACGGCGGGGCGGAGAAGAGCGGGCCUCUUGCGAUCCAUGGUGGGACGGACGGCGGGGGCGAAGGAGCUGGCCUCGUCUUCCGCAGCUGCUGGAGAUGGAGCGGGCGCCGACGCAAGGUAUCUCGGGCGGGACGAGGAGCAGGCGAGAUCGUCCUGCGAACGAUUCGUCGCAGUAAGAAUCGAAAGCCAUAGAGAUCCCGCAUAAAAGGGCUCGAAAUCAGCAGGGGAUUUAGGUUUCAAGCUUCUUUUGCUCCUCAAAGAUGGGAGCUUUGUCGAAAGUUUCAGCUUUUAUUCAUCGAAAACUUUUGUUU